AUGGCUGAUGACAACGAAAACGAGGACUUUGAUGACGAUGAUGGUAGAAAAUACCCUAAAAUAUUUAUUACGUCCCCAAGGUCACUGCGGCUGCACGAGAGACAAGCCACUGAAGUUGAGGCUUACAUCGUGGAUACGCUCAAGGACAUUGGAAGAACACUAAAGGACCAGUUCCUAGUUAUCGGCAGCCAGAUGCAGAACAAGACUCAAGAACUGAAAGAAACUGCUGGAGUUCAUGCCCAGCAGAUUAAAGAACAACUCAAGGUUCUCGGUGAACAGCUGAAGAUUGCCCGUGAUGCUCUUGCUAAGAAGCUUUUCGAGCUCUUCGUCCCUGCAACGUACUCGGACUCCAAUGUAAACGUCUUCCAAAUUCUAUCUUCCCUCUCCAGCCUGCGAGAGAGGCUUCAGAAGCUCCUUACCGAAGUUCAGUCGGCUACAGGCGAGAAGUGGGAAAAGCUGAAAGGGCUCAUCCAAGAGUUGCGUAGCGAGAUCAGACUAAAGGUGCAAGAGCUUCUCCAUGGUUCAAGUGCUCCCGCCGCUUACACUGCCAUCGAUACCUCGGCUGAUGACGAUUAUGAGGCUUACAUCGUGGACACGCUCAAGGACAUUGGAAGAACACUAAAGGACCAGUUCCUAGUUAUCGGCAGCCAGAUACAGAACAAGACUCAAGAACUGAAAGAAAUCGCUGGAGUUCACGCCCAGGAGAUUAAAGAGCAACUCAACGUUCUCGCUGAAAAGCUGAACAUUGCACGUGAUGCUCUUGCUAAGAAGCUUUUCGAGCUCUUCUUCCCUGCAACGUACUCGGACUCCAAUGCAAACGUCUUCCAAAUUCUAUCUUCCCUCUCCGGCCUGCGAGAGAGGCUUCAGAAGUUCCUUACCGAAGUUCAGUCGGCUACAGGCGAGAAGUGGGAAAAGCUGAAAGGGCUCAUCCAAGAGUUGCGUAGCGAGAUCAGACUAAAGGUGCAAGAGCUUCUCCAUGGUUCAAGUGCUCCCGCCGCUUACACUGCUAUCGAUACCUCGGCUGAUGACGAUUAUGAGGCUUACAUCGUGGACACGCUCAAGGACAUUGGAAGAACACUAAAGGACCAGUUCCUAGUUAUCGGCAGCCAGAUACAGAACAAGACUCAAGAACUGAAAGAAACUGCUGGAGUUCAUGCCCAGCAGAUUAAAGAACAACUCAAGGUUCUCGGUGAACAGCUGAAGAUUGCCCGUGAUGCUCUUGCUAAGAAGCUUUUCGAGCUCUUCGUCCCUGCAACGUACUCGGACUCCAAUGUAAACGUCUUCCAAAUUCUAUCUUCCCUCUCCAGCCUGCGAGAGAGGCUUCAGAAGUUCCUUACCGAAGUUCAGUCGGCUACAGGCGAGAAGUGGGAAAAGCUGAAAGGGCUCAUCCAAGAGUUGCGUAGCGAGAUCAGACUAAAGGUGCAAGAGCUUCUCCAUGGUUCAAGUGCUCCCGCCGCUUACACUGCCAUCGAUACCUCGGCUGAUGACGAUUAUGAGGCUUACAUCGUGGACACGCUCAAGGACAUUAGAAGAACACUAAAGGACCAGUUCCUAGUUAUCGGCAACCAGAUACAGAACAAGACUCAAGAACUGAAAGAAACUGCUGGAGUUCAUGCCCAGCAGAUUAAAGAACAACUCAACGUUCUCGCUGAAAAGCUGAACAUUGCACGUGAUGCUCUUGCUAAGAAGCUUUUCGAGCUCUUCUUCCCUGCAACGUACUCGGACUCCAAUGCAAACGUCUUCCAAAUUCUAUCUUCCCUCUCCGGCCUGCGAGAGAGGCUUCAGAAGUUCCUUACCGAAGUUCAGUCGGCUACAGGCGAGAAGUGGGAAAAGCUGAAAGGGCUCAUCCAAGAGUUGCGUAGCGAGAUCAGACUAAAGGUGCAAGAGCUUCUCCAUGGUUCAAGUGCUCCCGCCGCUUACACUGCCAUCGAUACCUCGGCUGAUGACGAUUAUGAGGCUUACAUCGUGGACACGCUCAAGGACAUUGGAAGAACACUAAAGGACCAGUUCCUAGUUAUCGGCAGCCAGAUACAGAACAAGACUCAAGAACUGAAAGAAACUGCUGGAGUUCAUGCCCAGCAAAUUAAAGAACAACUCAAGGUUCUCGGUGAACAGCUGAAGAUUGCCCGUGAUGCUCUUGCUAAGAAGCUUUUCGAGCUCUUCGUCCCUGCAACGUACUCGGACUCCAAUGUAAACGUCUUCCAAAUUCUAUCUUCCCUCUCCAGCCUGCGAGAGAGGCUUCAGAAGUUCCUUACCGAAGUUCAGUCGGCUACAGGCGAGAAGUGGGAAAAGCUGAAAGGGCUCAUCCAAGAGUUGCGUAGCGAGAUCAGACUAAAGGUGCAAGAGCUUCUCCAUGGUUCAAGUGCUCCCGCCGCUUACACUGCCAUCGAUACCUCGGCUGAUGACGAUUAUGAGGCUUACAUCGUGGACACGCUCAAGGACAUUAGAAGAACACUAAAGGACCAGUUCCUAGUUAUCGGCAACCAGAUACAGAACAAGACUCAAGAACUGAAAGAAACUGCUGGAGUUCAUGCCCAGCAGAUUAAAGAACAACUCAAGGUUCUCGGUGAACAGCUGAAGAUUGCCCGUGAUGCUCUUGCUAAGAAGCUUUUCGAGCUCUUCGUCCCUGCAACGUACUCGGACUCCAAUGUAAACGUCUUCCAAAUUCUAUCUUCCCUCUCCAGCCUGCGAGAGAGGCUUCAGAAGUUCCUUACCGAAGUUCAGUCGGCUACAGGCGAGAAGUGGGAAAAGCUGAAAGGGCUCAUCCAAGAGUUGCGUAGCGAGAUCAGACUAAAGGUGCAAGAGCUUCUCCAUGGUUCAAGUGCUCCCGCCGCUUACACUGCCAUCGAUACCUCGGCUGAUGACGAUUAUGAGGCUUACAUCGUGGACACGCUCAAGGACAUUGGAAGAACACUAAAGGACCAGUUCCUAGAUAUCGGCAGCCAGAUACAGAACAAGACUCAAGAACUGAAAGAAACCGCUGGAGUUCAUGCCCAGCAGAUUAAAGAACAACUCAAGGUUCUCGGUGAACAGCUGAAGAUUGCCCGUGAUGCUCUUGCUAAGAAGCUUUUCGAGCUCUUCGUCCCUGCAACGUACUCGGACUCCAAUGUAAACGUCUUCCAAAUUCUAUCUUCCCUCUCCAGCCUGCGAGAGAGGCUUCAGAAGUUCCUUACCGAAGUUCAGUCGGCUACAGGCGAGAAGUGGGAAAAGCUGAAAGGGCUCAUCCAAGAGUUGCGUAGCGAGAUCAGACUAAAGGUGCAAGAGCUUCUCCAUGGUUCAAGUGCUCCCGCCGCUUACACUGCUAUCGAUACCUUGGCUGAUGACGACUAUGAGGCUUACAUCGUGGACACGCUCAAGGACAUUGGAAGAACACUAAAGGACCAGUUCCUAGUUAUCGGCAGCCAGAUACAGAAAAAGACUCAAGAACUGAAAGAAACCGCUGGAGUUCAUGCCCAGCAGAUUAAAGAGCAACUCAAGGUUCUCGGUGAACAGCUGAAGAUUGCCCGUGAUGCUCUUGCUAAGAAGCUUUUCAAGCUCUUCGUCCCUGCAACGUACUCGGACUCCAAUGUAAACGUCCUCCAAAUUCUAUCUUCCCUCUCCAGCCUGCGAGAGAUGCUUCAGAAGUUCCUUACCGAAGUUCAGUCGGCUACAGGCGAGAAGUGGGAAAAGCUGAAAGGGCUCAUCCAAGAGUUGCGUAGCGAGAUCAGACUAAAGGUGCAAGAGCUUCUCCAUGGUUCAAGUGCUCCCGCCGCUUACACUGCUAUCGAUACCUUGGCUGAUGACGACUAUGAGGCUUAUAUCGUGGACACGCUCAAGGACAUUGGAAGAACACUAAAGGACCAGUUCCUAGUUAUCGGCAGCCAGAUACAGAAAAAGACUCAAGAACUGAAAGAAACCGCUGGAGUUCAUGCCCAGCAGAUUAAAGAGCAACUCAAGGUUCUCGGUGAACAGCUGAAGAUUGCCCGUGAUGCUCUUGCUAAGAAGCUUUUCGAGCUCUUCGUCCCUGCAACGUACUCGGACUCCAAUGUAAACGUCCUCCAAAUUCUAUCUUCCCUCUCCAGCCUGCGAGAGAGGCUUCAGAAGUUCCUUACCGAAGUUCAGUCGGCUACAGGCGAGAAGUGGGAAAAGCUGAAAGGGCUCAUCCAAGAGCUGCGUAGCGAGAUCAGAGAGAAAGUUCAAGAACUUCUUAGUAUGAAAACAAAUGACCCAGCAAGGAGUGACAAUACCCAAGGCAAAGUACGGAGGAGCUCUCCCUUGGCAGAAAGGACGCUCUCUUUGGCGACAAGAAUGUUCUCUCUAAGAUGGCGUUUGGCUGUUCUGCUGAAGGAACUAGAUGAGGGAGAGGAUAAGUUCGAUGACGUUAAGACUAAGAUUGAACGCCUGCGUAAGGAAAUCAGGUAUCAAGUUAGUCUAUAUUUUAAUCGCACCAAAACCCAACCAGCUUUGUACGACGUAAUCGAUGAUGUCCACGAAGGUUACCUUACCAAUGCGCUAAAAGACGUUGCUGUUACGUUGAAAGAGAAGUUUCUUGUCCUUGGAGAAAAGAUCAAGGCCAAGCUCGCUGAGCUUAAGGUAGCUGUUGGCGAGCAUGCAGUUUUGAUCCAGGCGCAGCUAAAAGACCUUUAUGCGCAGCUUCAACGCGCUAGGGACGAUCUAAAGAGGCAGCUUUUCGAACUUUUCCGGCCAGCAUCAUAUGCAUCAUUUGAAGAUAACGCCGUUAGAAUUUACGAGAAAUUGAAUGUAAUUCGGCAAAAGCUUCUAAAGUUUCUUGAAGAAGUUAAAACCAUUACUGGGGAGAAAUGGGAGCACACAAAGGAGGUUAUCGCUGAGUUACGCGAAGAGAUACGGCAAAAGGUGCGUGAGCUGCUCGUGGGAAGAACAGGUGUUGUCAUGUACGCGGCCGAAGACAGUGUCCCCAGUGCAACCGUGAUAGACACGCUUAAGGAAACAGCCAGGACGUUAAAAGAGAAGUUUCAAACGCUUGGUCGAAAAAUACACGCUAAGGUUGUCGAGCUCCGAGACGCUGUUGGGGAGCACGCUGUUCUUAUCAAGCAGCAGCUAGAAUCUCUGAAGUCGCAGUUUAACAAGGCCCAUAGUGAACUCAUGAAGAAGCUCUUCUCUCUGUUCAGACCUGCCCAAUAUGCCACUGUCAAAGAAGCACCUGAAGAAGAAAGGCGCCUCUCGCUGCUGAAACAGAAACUGGACCGCCUCCUUUCCAGAACUGCCGCCUCUCCUCCAGAAGAAUGGUCUACCUCGGAAGACGCCAUUGCCGAAUUGCGUCAGGAGAUUGAAGAAUUUGUCAAGAAGUACCAGUAGGUAGCACUGAAUGAAGGACAUACACUCUCUU